UCAAAUGAGUACAACAACUCGUAACAGUACUGCUGCUACACCAACAGAUGGCAUCACAACCUCAGCAUCCACAAUUCCGGUCGCUACAACUUCUAGCUCAACUGGAAGCACUGCAAUAUCUACGCUGGAUGGAGACGGCAGAACUCCAGCAUCCGCAGUCUCUGCUGCUACAGCAACCAGUCAAAUGAGUACAACAAGAAAUAGCAGGAGAGCCACUACACCACCAGAUAGCCUCAUAACAUCAGCAUCUACAGUUCCUGAUACUACAACAACGAGCGCAACUGGAAGCACUGCAAUAUCAACUCUGGAAGGAGACAGCACAACUUUAGCGACCACAAUCUCUGCUGCUAAAGCAACCAGUCAAAUGAGUACAACAACUAGUAGCAGUACUGCACCUACACCACCAGAUGGACUCACAACCUCAGCAUCUACAGUUCCUGAUAUUAGAACAACCAGCUCAACUGGAAGCACUGCAAUAUCUACGCCGGAAGGAGACAGCACAACUUCAACAUCCACAGUCUCUGCUGUGACAGCAACCAGUCAAAUGAGAACAAGUAACAGCAGUACAGCACCUACGACACCAGAUGGCCUCAAAACCUCAGCAUCCAAAGUUUCUGAUACUAGAACAACCAACUCAACGGGAAGCACUGCAAUAUCUACACUGGUAGGAGACAGCAGAACUUCAACAUCCACAGUCUCUGCUGUUACAGCAACCAGUCAAAUGAGUACAAGUAAAAGCAGCACUGCACCUACAACAUCAGAUGGCCUCACAGCCUCAGCAUCCACCGUUACUGAUACUAUAACAACCAGCUCAACUGGUAGCACUGCAAUAUCAACUCUGGAAGGAGACAGCACAACUUCAGCAACCACAAUCUCUGCUGCUAAAGCAACCAGUCAAAUGAGUCCAACAAUUAGUAGCAGUACUGCUGCUACACUACCAGAUGGCAUCCCAACCUCAGUAUCCACAGUUUCUGACACUACAACAUCAAGCUCAACAGGAAGCACUGCAAUAUCUACUCUGGAAGGAGACGGCACAACUUCAGUGACCACAGUGUCAGCUGUUACAGAAACCAGCCAAAUGCGUACAAAUAAUAGCAGUACUGCACCUACACCACCAGAUGGACUCACAACCUCAGCAUCUACAGUUCCUGAUACUAGAACAACCAGCUCAACUGGAAGCACUGCAAUAUCUAUGCCGGAAGGAGACAGCACAUCUUCAACAUCCACAGUCUCUGCUGUUACAGCAACCAGUCAAAUGAGUACAACAAGUAAAAGCAGCACUGCACCUACAACAUCAGAUGGCCUCACAGCCUCAGCAUCCACCGUUACUGAUGCUAUAACAACCAGCUCAACUGGUAGCACUGCAAUAUCAACUCUGGAAGGAGACAGCACAACUUCAGCAACCACAGUCUCUGCUGUUACAGCAACCAGUCAAAUGAUUACAAGAAAUAGCAGUACUGCAACUACACUACCAGAUGGCCUAACAACCUCAGCAAUCACAUUUUCUGACACUGCAACAUCCAGCUCAAUGGGGAGCACAGCAAUAUCUACGCCAGUAGGAGACAGCACAACUUCAAUGUCCACAGUCUCCGCUGUUGCAGCAACCAGUCAAAUGAGUACAAGUAAUGGCAGUACUGCGACUACACCACCAGAUGGCCUCACAAUCUCAGUAUCCUCAGUCUCUACUUCAACAGAUACUCAAAUGGUGACUACAUACCUUAAAGUUUCUGCUUUAUCCAGUAAGAAUGAGGAAGAAGAGGUGAUUUUAGAGGCUAUAUCUAAAUUUGUAUCCCAGGUCCUUCUCCAGCAGAACUGUGAGGGCUGCACUACGACUAUCAAACUUAUUAAGCCAACCUGAAAGACGA